CCACCGACCCGUGGACUUUUCUACUAGCUUUUUCAGGGAAGAGAAAGAAAGACAGUCAGCUACUAAAGCAGAGGGAGGGAACCAACUAACUAGGAAGAAAGAGGCUUGCUGAGACUAGAGAUGCAAAGGUACUCAGCUGGUGCUGCAAGGGCAAGGCAUUUUUCUCAUUCAUCAUUCAAAAAAGAGAGCGCGCGGGUGACUAAGGCCAGGCGACGAUAUUCAAUGAAGAUCAUUGGCUGGACCAAGGCCGGUCACGUUGGAGGCCAGACUGCAUUGCGUUAGGCUGGAUUUCAGGUCCACCUUCAAAAGGCCGGUUGCUUUCUCCCCACAUCACUCGACCUGGCUCUCUCUCCCCUUCUCCUUCCCACUCCCUCUGCCUUCCUGUCCCUUCUGCCGGUUGCUCUUCAUGCCUUCUCUCAGCGUCUCUGCAGACAAUUGUGGCACAUCACCUUCUGUUAAUGUCCGACACCUGUAUUGUGUGCUUAGGAGACCUUGGCGAAAGCGCCAGCGAUCCUCUUGCCGUCGCCGCCGAGGCCGCGCCAAGACUUGACCUCGGGGCAGAGGGCAAGUCGGCGGAUACCUCUCUCAACAACCAUGAUGGCGUAGAUGGCACAGAGGACUCGGGUCAGAUCGCUCAGCUCCUCCCUUGUGGGCAUAUCCUGCACAAUAACUGCCUGAAGCCCUGGGUCGAGCGGGCCAACAGCUGUCCGAUAUGUCGUCGGAGUUUCAACAUGGUCGAACUAAGUGACCGCCCUGGUGGUCCCGUCACAUCGUCCUAUGCCGUUCAGGAUCGAGUUCAGCAAGCAGAAGUCGACCCUUCGAUGAUCAUUGAAUAUAUAGAUGAUGAUUUUGCGGAUUUUCAACCUUGUCCAAUCUGUGGGGACGCAGACAAUGAAGAACUGCUUCUCCUAUGUGAUGGCUGCGAUGUCCCCUCUCACACAUAUUGUGUUGGCCUCGAUUCUGUCCCGACGGGUCCCUGGUACUGCGCACGGUGUGUGACGCAACGUCGCCUCGGGCGGUCUCCUGAGACUGCCGAGUGGUCUUCCCAGACACAGGACAGGCGUGGCCGUCGCACAAGAGCACAGCGACGCAGACUGCAGAGCAGGAACCAGCUCAACUCGCUGCACUGGGCUCGCGUGUGGCAAUCUGUCUGGGAUCAUCUGAAUAUUGACUUGGACUUUCCAUUUGAUGAUGACAUGGCUGCCGAGCGCGCUCGACAAGAGCAGCGCAGGGAAGAAGCCCACCAACGUGAUUUUCGAGCCUGGCAACGUCGCUUUGAAGUUGCCGAGCAGCAGGGCGGUGGCAAUCGGUUCCGAGACACUGCCGCUCUACUGGAUAUCGAGGCGCCUCGCCCGUCGCGGCCCCGCGUUCCUCGUGAGCCCACCCCAGAGCCCGAGUCUCUUGAAGAGAUGAGGGCCUGGAAUGCUUUCGAGCGUGCCCGUGAGAUUGAGAAUGACCCAAGCGCGGCCCGGAAACGUAAGGAACCGACGUUGUCGCCGUCUCCUGAACCUACCGAACCUGAACGCAAGUUGAAGCGGCCCCGAACACGAAGGGCCGAAGACCUGGCAGCUCGGGCGGUACAGAAUGGUGAAUCAUCGAGAGCUGCUAGUGCGCAGGCCUCUGCUCGGAUCAAUGCCGAGAGUUCGAGCGAACCGAGUUUCCUUCAAUCCCUUCUAAAGGAGGUCGAAGAAUCGUCCAACCCGAACGGGGUCACUUCCCAUGGCGCUUCCGGUCAAUCAUCCAUUGCACCCACCGAUCAUACGACCCCAGGCCCCUCGUCGCCUUCCAUCUCGCCUGCCCCAUCUAACCAUUCUUCCCCGCGUCUGUCUUCCGUCACACCGCCUCCAACCCUCCGAGGCAGGCCCAUGUCUCCACUACAACUGGGGUCACCAGCAGACCCGUCCUCUCCACCUUUUUCGCCAGAUGUGUCGCCGGUUGGUUCUGCUCGGAGUGCCCAAGACGAUCACUCGUCUCAAGUCCCCACUCGCCGCCCGAAUCGUCGGAUACCUCGCUCUGCCACUCGAUCAGCGGCUAUCCGUUCCGACGACAGCUCUCCUAGUCGUCCCGGCUUGUCCCUCAAAGUCAAGUCCGACAUACAGAAGCUGGUCGGUUCAUCGCUUAAGCCUUACUAUCGUUCGAAGAUCAUCACGAAAGAACAAUACACGGAAAUCAAUCGAAAUAUAUCUCGGAAGCUGUACGAGCGUGCGGGCGACGUCGAAACGCUCGGGAUCGGGGCCAAAGCCACGCUGGCUACCGUGGCCAAGGACGAAGUAGAGAAGGCCGUUGAUGCGUUGAAGCAACGCCACGACCUCAAUGACUCUGUUGAUGAAAGCUCUUGAUACUUGAAUAGCGUCUUGCAUUUCCCGGCGUUUUGCAGCGAUUAAUCUGAUUCCUGUGGGAGGAUAAGGGAACCCGGCGUUUGUUUUUCUAGUGACAACUCCCGUUUGGCCGGAACUCGCACGGGAGGGUUGGAUACCCAUUGAGAAAUAUACUGGCCGGCUGGGUGGCGUAUGUUGUCCACCGCAUACUGUAGCAUUGUCUUGCAUUUAUUAUAUACCUGAGUGA